AUGCGAUAUUAUACGGGUAUUUCAAAUAGUUUUCCAGGUGGAUUAUUUGAACAUGUUCGUACAGUGUCAUUGUUUGAUGAACGUCCUUUUGAACAUGAAUUUUUUCUUCGAAUUCAAAAGUCAUUUCCAUUUAUGGAAGAAUUAUUUUUGGACAAUGAUACAGCACAAAACCGAAAGCAAUCUUAUCAAUCAAACAGCGAUACUCAAAAUUUAUCACUUAUUGAAUACACUUCUCUAUACAAACUUUCUAUUAAUACUGUUCAUGAUGAUUAUACAGAAGAAUUUCUUCUUGAUGCCAAAACGUAUUUUCAAAAUAAUCUUAUUCUUUUUGUCAGUUAUGAAUCUUUACAACGAGUAACAUAUAAUUUCAGUAGAGAUGCUACUCGAACUAAUUGUGGUAAAAUAACUCUUGCAAUCAACCAACCAAAGUUUUCUCCAGCUGCCACUUGGAAUUCCAAUGGAAUCACUGUUGUUAAUCGAUCAAUUGCAGGUCAAUUUCCUCGCGCCAUUUUUGUGAAUACAAACAACACAAUCUAUGCCGCUGAUAAAAAUAAUAAUACAAUUGUAAUCUGGCAAGAAGAGAGUAUCGAUUCAACGAAGGUGAUUUUCGGAAAUUUUACAGAACCUCGGUCUCUCUUCAUAACAUUAAGUGGUGACAUUUACAUCGAUGACGGUGCGUAUAAUGGUCGAGUGCAGAAAUGGAUAGUUGAAACAAAAAACUUUGUCACGGUAAUGAAUAUCAAAUCAGCAUGUUAUGGUUUGUUUGUCGAUAUCAAUGAUAUUCUUUACUGUUCAAUAGCUGAACAUCAUCAAGUAGUGAAAAGAUCGUUGAAUGAUUCUAACAUGACUCCAAACCGUGUUGCUGCUGGAACAGGUAUUUCAGGAGUGGAGUCGAAUGAACUUUCUAGUGCUAUGGGGAUUUUUGUGGAUGUGAAUUUGGACUUGUAUGUGGCAGAUUGUGGAAAUAACCGUGUUCAGUUGUUCCCGUCAGGAGAAUCAAAUGGCAUUACAGUGGCUGGAAGUGGAUCACUGCGUCAAACAAUUGAACUUAACUAUCCUGCUGGAAUUAUAUUAGAUGCAGAGAAAUAUUUAUUCAUCGUGGAUAGAAAGAAUCAUCGCAUUGUUGGCUCAGACUUGAGUGGUUUUCGAUGUUUAGUUGGAUGUUAUGGCAAGGGUUCACAAUCCAAUCAAUUGAAUUUUCCAUCUGGUUUGAGUUUUGAUCGUUCUGGAAACAUGUUUGUUGCUGAUUUAUAUAAUGGUCGAAUUCAAAAAUUUCUAUUGAUGAAUGAUACUUUUGCUCUUUCAUUCAAUCAACCAAAGUUUUGUCCAACUGCCACUUGGAAUCCCACUGGAAUUACCUUUGAUAAUCAGUCGAUUGUUGGGCAAUAUCUUCGCGCCAUUUUCGUGAAUACAAACAACACAAUCUAUGUCAUUGGUAAAGAAAAUAAUACAAUUGUAAUGUGGCAAGAAGAGAGUGUAAAUCCAACAAAGAUCAUUUCUGGUAAUUUUACAGAAUCCCAAUCUCUCUUCGUGACAUUAAGUGGUGAUAUUUAUAUUGAUGAUGGUAUUAACAAUCGUGGAGUACAGAGAUGGAGUGCAGAAACAAAUAUGUUUGUCAUAGUGAUGAAUGUCAACUCAACAUGUUAUGGUUUGUUUGUCGAUAUCAAUGAUACUCUUUAUUGUUCAAUGGCUUUUCAUCAUCAAGUAGUGAAAAGAUCGUUGAAUGAUCCUUUGAUAGUUUCAAAUAAUGUUGCUGCUGGAACAGGUAUUGAUGGAUUAGCCUCGAAUCAACUCGAUAGUCCUGAGGGAAUUUUUGUGGAUGUAAAUUUGGAUUUAUAUGUAGCAGAUUGUGGAAAUCAUCGUGUUCAGUUGUUCCAGCCGGGAGAAUCAAAUGGUACCACAGUGGCUGGAAGUACAUCACUAAAUCCAACAAUUACACUUGAGUGUCCUAGUGGAAUCGUAUUAGAUGAUGAAAAAUAUUUAUUCAUUGUGGAUCACCGCAAUCAUCGCAUUGUUGGUUCAGGCUUGAAUGGUUUUCGAUGUUUAGUUGGAUGUUAUGGUAAGGGUUCACAAUCCAAUCAAUUAAACUAUCCAUCUGGUUUGAGUUUUGAUCGUUCUGGAAACAUGUUUGUUAUUGAUACAUCAAAUCGUCGAAUUCAAAAAUUUAAAUAUUUAAACAGAUAUUGUGUCAAUACUUCCUCGGUUCUCCAAAAGACCUAUUCAUCAUCAUUAACUAACAAUAAUCAAAUUUAUUACCGCGAUUGUAACAAACAAAAUUUUUAUUAUGAAUCUAUUCAAGUGAACGUAAUCGAAAGUGGUUACUACAAUUUUCGUGGUCGUGGUGACAUCGAUCCGUAUGGAUCUAUUUACAAAAACAAAUUUAAUCCAUUUGAUCCAUCGGAGAAUUUACUCGAUCAAGAUUAUGAUCGUAGCUCUGAUAUUCAGUUUAAAUUUGAUAUUCAUCUUGAUGUUGACAUGAUAUAUGUAUUGGUUGUGACAACAUAUGAUUCAAAAGAAACUGGAAAAUUCUCGAUCCUUAUAUUUGGUAAAAAUAAAGUCAUUCUCGAACGUCUUAGUACUCCAGUAAAUAUUCAAUUAAAAUAUUCAUUAGAAUUAACUCAUGAUAGCCCAACAUAUUAUCGAGAUUGUCAAGUACCUCAAUGCCAUUAUGAAACUUUACAAAUUUAUGUUAAUACAACAGGUUUAUAUGUUCUUUGGAGUGACAGUAAUAUAAAUGCAUAUGGAUAUAUCUACAAAAAUGAUUUCAAUCCUCUAAAGCCAUCUGAAAAUUUACUUCUAUCACAUGGAGGUCCAGAAGAAAGUAGUUGUGUGAUCGGUGAUCAAUGUAAUUUUCAUAUCAAAGGGAUUGGUUUGACUCUCGAUGAUAUUUUACGUGAUGAACUUCAACCGAGCGCACUGUUGAAUAAUCAGUCAUUUUCGAUUAAACUAAGUGCGGGUUUAACAAUAAUUAUGUUCACCUCAGGAUUAAUUAAUAGUAUUCUUUCGUUUAUUACAUUUCAAAGUAAAGAUUCUCAACAAGUUGGAUGUGGAACGUAUCUACUGACAUCAUCGAUUACUUCUCUUUUGACAAUUAGUAUGUUCAUAAUUAAAUUCUGGUUUGUUGUUCUUACUCACAUCAAUGUGUCCACUAGUCUCUUUGUUCUUCGUGGAGGUUGUGCAUCUAUUGAACCGAUUCUAAAGCUUUUUCUCUAUUUGGACGGUUGGCUUAAUGCUUGUGUAGCAGUUGAACGGGCAGUACUUAUUUUUAAAGGAGUAAACUUUGAUAAAACAAAGAGUAAAUCUAUUGCUCGACGAACAAUUCUUAUUUUACCAUUCUUUAUUUUUGGUACUCUGAUUCACGAGUUCGUAUUUCGCAGAUUGUUCGAAUAUGAAUUAGCACCAGAUACGACAGAUACGAAUAAGACUAAUAGAGACACAAUCAAGUUAUAUGUAUCAUGCAUUACUCGAUAUUCUCCUUCUGUCCAAGAUUACAAUACAGCCGUUCUGUUUAUUCAUCUUGUUGGUCCAUUUAUUGUUAAUCUUUUCUCUGCGUUGUUCAUCAUCUUUGGAGGUGCUCGACAACGAUCAGUAGCACGAACUAACCAAAAUUUUAAAGAACAUGCUCAACAACAAUUCAGUGAACAUAAACAAUUGAUCAUUAGUCCAACAGUUUUACUCGUUUUAUCAAUACCUCGUCUGAUAAUUUCAUUGCUUCCUGGUUGUGUGAAAACAUCUGAGAACCUGUGGUUGUAUCUUGGACCAUAUUUCAUUUCGUUUACUCCUUCGAUGUUGAUGUUUCUGAUCUUUGUCUUUCCUUCAAAAUUGUAUAUGAAAGCGUUUAAACAAUCGUUUAUUCGUAUUCUAAGGCGUACUACUCCGUAA